UGCAUUUUGGCCCAGUGUGGUUUAGUGGUUCUUGCUAAGAUAGGAUAACAUGAAUCGUUUACCGGUACUAAUUGUCGCCCUAGGCCUCUUGGCGUGCUGCCACUGCGAGCCACAGUACCAGAACAAGCAGUACGACGACUCAGAGCAGUACAACUACCAAAGGACGCCCCCACCCCAAAUCCUCACCCACAAGCAGGCCUUGAACCACGACGGCAACUUCAAGUACCUCUUCACCUCAGAGAACGGCCUCGCGCAAGGGGAGAGCAUAGCCCCGGAUGGCUCCAGGAACGGAGGCUACAGCUAUGUUGACCCUACGGGGCGCAAGAUCUCCGUCAAGUACACAGCCGGUAAAGAAGGAUUCAGGAUCUUAGAAGCGGACCAUCUGCCCAAGGCUCCCCAGCCCAUCGCUCCCCUACCGGUGGCGCAGAGCGCAGCGCCUCAGGCCUACAGGCCACAAGCGUACAACCUUCAGGGAGCAGGCGCUGAAGACGACGGGCAGUACAGGCCCGUCUACGAAAGACCGCAACCAUUGGCCAGGUUACCAUUACCUCCUAUCACCCAAGCGAGACUAGCCUAUCCUCAGCCCUCAGCCAGUUCGAACACCAUCGACGAGAAAGAAUACGACGACGAACCCGGAAAGGCUAACAGUUUUGGAAAUGGGUACAUCUUCGAGUUUUCUGAUUCUAGGAAAUACACGGAAAUUGGCGAUGCGACCGAUAUCGCGUUAUUGGCCAGGUUACCAUUACCUCCUAUCACCCAAGCGAGACUAGCCUAUCCUCAGCCCUCAGCCAGUUCGAACACCAUCGACGAGAAAGAAUACGACGACGAACCCGGAAAGGCUAACAGUUUUGGAAAUGGGUACAUCUUCGAGUUUUCUGGUUAGGGUCAUUUAGGGAUUAGGAACUUUGUUAUUGCUAGGUGUAAUAAAUUUUGUAUUUGGUUGUGCGUUUUAUGUAAAUGUUUCCUGGUAGAUUCUAGGAAAUACACGGAAAUUGGCGAUGCGACCGAUAUCGCGUUAGUGUGAUUAGUUUCUAGGGGACAAAUUUUCUACGUAAAUAAUUUUAUUUAAAUUUAAAAAUAUCCUUCAGACUCUUUAUAU